CGGAUCGCUCCCGCAGCACCCCACGACAGGCCCGCGGACUCCGGUGAAGGUGGCGGCCGUGGUCGGUGGGCUCCGAGUGGGCGCAGCGCUCGAGGCGGCGGCGCGGUAAGCGAAGCCGAGCCCGGCGAGUCACCGGGAGGGCGAUGUGGCCAGGCGCGGGCCCCUGCGUAAGGCGAGCGCUGUGACAGGCCGGCCAGUGAGGCGCCGCUGGGGAGGCCGCGACGGAGCUCCCGGACUGGCCAUGGGCUGAGACGCAUCCUCGCCGAGCAGUGACCCUUCUGUACCCACCCCCACCAGAACAUGCCGGGGUGAGUCCCACCCGAGAUCUUCCCAGUGGCCUUCCUCGACCUCCCCAGCGACACUAUGCAACCCCAGCAUGACCUGCGAGGCCUCCGGCUCCUGUUGCUGUCCUUGUUCCUGCUCCUCUCCGAGGUGGCCAGAGCUGGCCGAGCCGUGGUCAGCUGUCCUGCCUCCUGCUUGUGUGCCAGCAACAUCCUCAGCUGCUCCAAACAGCAGCUGCCCAACGUGCCCCACUCCUUGCCCAGCUACACAGCCAUCCUGGACCUCAGCCACAACAACCUGAGCCGCCUGCGGGCCGAGUGGACCCCCAUGCGCCUGACCCACCUGCACUCCCUGCUGCUGAGCCACAACCAUCUGAACUUCAUCUCCUCCGAGGCCUUUUCCCCAGUCCCCAACCUGCGCUACCUGGAUCUGUCCUCCAACCAGCUGCGCACGCUGGAUGAGUUCCUGUUCAGUGAGCUGCAGGCCCUGGAGGUGCUGCUGCUCUAUAACAACCAUAUCGCCGCCGUGGACCGCUGCGCCUUCGACGACAUGGUGCAGCUGCAGAAGCUCUACCUGAGCCAGAACCUGAUCUCCCGCUUCCCCCUGGAGCUGGUCAAGGAGGGCGCCAAGCUGCCCAAACUCACACUACUGGAUCUCUCCUCCAACAAGCUCAAGACCUUGCCGCUGCCUGACCUGCAGAAGCUGCCAGCGUGGAUCAAGAACGGCCUGUAUCUCCACAACAACCCGUUGAUCUGCAACUGCGAGCUCUACCGCCUCUUCGCCCACUGGCAGUACCGCCAGCUGAGCUCAGUGGUGGACUUCCAGGAGGACCUGUACUGUAUCAACGCCACCAAGCUGCACAGUGUCUUCAACCUCAGCUUCCUCAACUGCACGGAAUACAAGGAGCGCGCAUGGGAGGCCCACCUAGCGGACACCUUAACCAUCAAGUGUGACACCAAGCAGCAGGGCAUGAGCAAGGUGUGGGUGACUCCAAGCAAUGAGCGGGUGCCGGAGGAGGGGGCCAAUAGCACGGUGACAGUGUCCAAGGAUGGCAGCCUGCAUUUCAAGCGGGUGCAGGUAGAGGAUGCCGGUGUGUACACCUGCCAUGCCGUGGGGGAGACUUUCAAUGAGACGCUGUCUGUGGAACUGAAAGUGCACAAUUUCACCUUGCAUGGACACCACGACACCCUCAACACGGCCUAUACCACCCUGGUGGGUUGUAUCCUCAGUGUGGUCCUAGUUCUCAUCUACCUGUAUCUCACCCCUUGCCGUUGCUGGUGCCGGGGGGUGGAGAAGCCCACCAGCCACCAAGGAGAUAGCCUCAGCUCAUCCAUGCUUAGCACCACACCCAACCAUGAUCCAAUGGCUGGCGGGGACAAGGAUGAUGGCUUUGACCGGCGGGUGGCCUUCCUGGAACCCACUGGCCCCGGGCAGGGUCAGAAUGGCAAGCUUAAGCCGGGCAAUACCCUGCCAGUGCCCGAGGCUGCUGGCAAGGGUCAACGGAGGAUGUCAGAUCCGGAGUCAGUCAGCUCAGUCUUUUCUGAUACACCCAUUGUGGUGUGACCAGGAUGGGUUGGUGGGGGAGAUUAUGCCCCCAGAGAGGUAAUGCACCCCUGAAGGAUAUGAGGGGAUGGAACAGAGAGAGAGAGGGGGAGAGAGAGAGAGAGGGCUGGCUGCUCCAGGGAGGGGUUUCUCUUGACCUCAAGGGAACUGGUCAUGGGUGCAACGGCAAGCAGAGACCCCGGUGAGAGUGUGGCCACCAUGCUUUUCAAAUAUGGGCAUAUUAAUCCUCAGGCAAAAUGCGAUACCCCUACCCAAAGCCCUGGCAAUUCUGCACGUGGUGGAGGGAAAGGAGCAGGUUUGAGCUGGCUGGGGAUGAAGACGA